CCUCCCAACCAUGCAUGGGACCACACAGUAUAUAUAAGGGCUGUGGGUCAGUGGCUGCAGGAGAGUGGGAAAAUAAGAGGACAAAAGUGGAGGAUAAGUGAUCUCAUCUAACUCAAACAAGGAAUAACUAAAUAGAAAGAAUAGAAGACGUAGGAAAGAAGAGCUGUGUGUAUAUUUUACAUCUGGGAGCCUCCCAGAGCAGCCACAAGAAGAAACAACUCUCUCCGCCUCCCUCUUCUCUCCCAUUACUCUCCUCCUCUGCCUUACCCAGCACUCUCAGCCAUCCAUGAGUGUGACCAACUCUUCUGCCUAUCGAUCGGAGCGUAGUUUCCACCAGACUUCAUCCUCAUCCUCUUCCUCUUCCUCUGGUAAUCCAUACAUGGAGAAGAGCCGGGGACUGUUCACUGAGGACUUUGGCUCCUUCAUGAGGCCUGGGAGCAACGCCUUGGGGUUUUCCAGUGCAGCUGGAAAUAUCAAGACUCUUGGGGAUUCUUACCAGUUCACAGUUGAUGUCCAAGACUUCUCGCCUGAAGAUGUCAUCGUCACCACAUCCAACAACCAGAUUGAAGUUCGUGCAGAAAAGUUGGCCCAGGAUGGCUCAGUGAUGAACACAUUCACCCACAAGUGCCAACUACCUGAGGAUGUGGACCCCACCUCUGUGACAUCAUCACUGGGAGCAGAGGGGACCCUAACAGUCCGGGCGCGGCGACACCCGGCCAAACAUGAGCACACACAGACCUUCCGCACCGAAAUCAAGAUCUAGAGAGGGACUGACUCUCUCAUCACAAACCACUCAGUUCUUGUGUUUUUUUUAUGCCACUUCCUCUAUUUCCUGUCCUCACCGACACCAUUCUACAUGAAACACUCAGACAGUCGGCACUGUGCUCUAUUAAAGAUGCCACAUCCUCACUUCAUGGCUGAAUGCCUGCUGCUGCUCAUUUAUAUUCUGAGUUGGUUCACCACACACAGCAGUAAUAUGUCACACCUGCACAUAACACAGACUGAGACACAGGGGCUGGUACAUGUAUAGAAUUUGCACAAAGACGCACGCACACACACACACACACACACACACACAUACAAUAGUAAUUAACGGAUCAGUUCACUACUUCACUCCCGUCCUCUUUUCUAAACAAUUUUAAAACAUAAUAUGCACCUGAAAUUGAUGGUUUCUCAUUAAUAAUAAUUUAUUGUAUAUUAUUAUUUGUGUGAAUAAAAUUCUCCGGCUUUGACAAUAAA